CCGGCCUGUCUCCAUGGCCGCUGUGUUCCUUGUCACACUCUACGAGUAUUCGCCGCUCUUUUACAUCACCGUGGUGUUCGUCUGCUUCCUGGUCACCAGCGGCCUGGUGCUGGCAUGGUCUGGUUUGGGUGUUCCUGUUAUUCUGAGAAACUCAGAAGAAACAGAAUCCAGUGCAAGAAUGUUGAAAAAGCAGAUGAGACAAGUGAAGAAUCCUUUUGGGUUAGAAAUCCUUCAUCCUGCUACAGCUUCUGUAACAAAGGGUAUAAUACUGACACCAGACUGUCUGGAAGACUGUAUUCUUACAUGUUACUGGGGCUGCAGUGUUCAAAAACUCCACAAAGCAUUGCAGAAACAUGUCUACUGCUUCAGAAUAAAGACUCCUCAGGCAUUAGAGGAUGCUCUGUACAGCGAAUACCUCUAUCGACAACAGUACUUCAUUAAAAAAAAUGACAAGGAAGAAAAACAUUGUCAGUUACCAGAAGAUGCUCAAGUUGUUGAUUUUGGCCCGGUGCCUAGAUCUCGCUAUCCCUUGGUAGUAUUGCUGACGUUAGCAGAUGAAGAAGACAGAGAAAUAUAUGAUAUUAUCUCAAUGGUAGCUGUAAUUCACAUUCCUGAUGAGAGCUACAGACUUCCCUGCAGAAUACUGUAUCAGUAUCUACUUCUAGCUCAAGGUCAAUACCAUGAGCUGAAGCAGCUCUUCAUGUCUGCAAAUAGUACUGCAGCAUCUUCAAGCAACACAUCUCCUGGUGAGAGAAGUACUGACAGAAGCUUACUAGAAAGGGCUGGACUGGCUGAGGAUGAACCAGAAUUGCAUGAAGAAAACAGUAAAGACUGUGUUGUUUGCCAGAAUGGCACAGUGAACUGGGUACUCCUACCCUGCCGGCACACGUGCUUGUGUGAUGGCUGCAUCAAGUAUUUUCAGCAGUGUCCAAUGUGUAGGCAGUUUGUUCAAGAAUCUUUUCCACUUUGCAGUGAAGCAGAGCAAGAUGAAGAUGAAUGAACACAUAUCUUGCAAGAUGUUCUUCCUGGAAGAGUUUUUUAAUAUGGAGAAAAAUAGAACUGGGUUGUAUGCACCAAGAUUAAAUGUAGAAAACAGACUGUUUAUGGGAGGUUGCGUAGCAUUAACUCAUAUGGUUUUGUUUUUUGUUGUUAGGUAAUUCUCAGCUUCCUUAUUUUUCUUUUCUCCAUAUGCUCACAGGAACACCAUGCUUAUCCAUGCAGUGUGGACGGGAGAAGUGUGUGGGGUAUCUUUGAAGAAUGUGAUUUCAGUUAUAACUUCUUACUAGUUUUUCAUGGAGCACUAUUGGAGGCUAUUUUGAUUGCUAAAUCUAGUGCAUCUACUAAAAAAAGAACAAAACUUGCAAGUGCAGUUGCACGCAGCUCAUUCUAUAUUUAUUGUAUUUAAAAUACUAGAUGGAUACAUCAUUUUAGCUGAGUAUAAUUUAGAAACGUAGCACUUUACAGAAUGUGUCAAAUGAAGGAAAGUUAUUCUUCGUUGUUAAACCCAUGUAUGUUUAUUUUGUAGAUGAAGGCUGUAUUGCGGCAGGAGGUGGGAGUCAAAGGCAUGAUUCAGGACACUGUUUCUGGCUGUUUUGAAAGAUCUGUGUGUGUGCGUGCAUGUGUGAGGGACCUUCAUCAAAGUCCAUUGGAAUGAGUGGAAAGAUUUUUGUUGAUAAUUCUUGUCUUGAACUAAACAUUGCUGUCACUUUCAAGCCUAAACCUCUGCUAAGCCAUCUUGAGACAGACUUUCCAUCUUGUUAGCUAUGGCUGUAAGAACUUGUUCUCCAUGCAAAUGUCAGUUAAUUACUCCACAGAGUGGUUACUUGGACAGUUUUGUGGUGCUAUUCUAAUGCGAGUAGCCUGCUUUGGGGAAUUUCCAACUCUUUUUACUUGUGUUCUCAUCUUAGAUGUAAAGUUAACCAUUCACCUUUUUUUCAGUAGUCCCAAGGAAUUUACUUACUCAACGAAAGAAGCUAAAGAAGAGCAGAAAAUUACUUCUUUUUCCCUCCAGUGGUGUAUUGUCAAAAGCAAUAAAAAUGGCUGUUGAGAAGAGAAA